AUGACUGAACAUACUCACAUUUCAUCUGAUACUUAUGAAAGAGAGCUAUUUACAAAGGAAGAAAAAUUCAAUGUGUUGAUUAAUUAUUCUCCUUCCGAUGCUUGUUUUCUUGAUGAAAUUGAUCAAAUGAUUGAUGAACAAGCUGAAGAUUCUUGGUUGAGAACAAACUUUAAUUUCAUCAAGUCUGAUAUGGAUAGAGAAUCAAUUCAAGGAAAAUUACAUUUUGCAAAGGAUGCUAAGCCUAAAACCAUCAUGGCCUUUAAAUUUCCUUCUAAGGAGAGAUAUCUCAUGGAUACAAGUAGUAUGGAAAUUACUAGGGAAAGUUUGACACAAUUUUUAAAGUCAAUUCUUGAUGGUAAGGCUGUGAGAUAUAUUGGUAGAGAAACUAGACAUGAAAAUGAUGAAUAUUCUCCAGAGAUGAAACAUUUAAAGAGUAUUGUUUAUGAUACAUUUGAUGAAAUUGUAAUGGAUUCAAAGAAGGAUGUUUUUGUUGCACUUUGCUUUAAUGAAACUCUUGAAGGAAAUUUCAUUUCAACAAUGGCUAAAAUUCUCCAAAAUGAACCUAAUUUGGUUAUUGGUAGAAUGAAUUCUGCUUACAAUGAUUAUUCUCUUGAAUAUUUUCCAAAAGAAAAGUAUUUCCCAAAGCUAACAUUCUUUAGUGCAGCUAAUAAGACACCCAUUAUUGGAGAUGCUUAUGUUAAUGAUGAAUGCAUUACUGCCAAACAAUUAUUGACAUGGAUUCAUGAAUCAUGCACUCAUAAAUUUGAUAUGGAAAAGUAUUUGGAACAAGUAACUCAAUAUGAUGAAUUGGCAGCACUUAUUGAUGAAUGCAAAUUAGCUGUAUGGAAAGUUGAAAACAAUUUACAUUCCAUUCGUUCAAUCUUGCCAGAUUAUAAACAUCCAGCUGAAGAGUUUUCAAUUCCAUUGAAAGAACUUGUGAAAGGAGAGGAUAAAAGCAAGAUGAAAGAGCUACUGGAAAAGAUUAAGAGUGUCUCUCUUCAAGAUAUGAUUGAUUUACUUGAACAAUACAAGGCAGGAAAGACUAUACAUUUGAAAGCAGAUGAAACUGUUGAUAGUUAUUAUUUGGAAAGAUAUGAAAAGGUUAUUGUUGAUUUUACAGCAACAUGGUGUGGUCCUUGUCAAGCUAUUGCUCCACUUUUUGGAUAUUUAUCAAGUAUUGAACAAGAUAUUAUUUUCCUCAAAGUUGAUGCUGAUGAAUGUCAAGAACAAUGUAAAGCAUUUAACGUUGAUGGUUUUCCAACAUUUAAAUCAUUUAAGGGAAAGAAUAUGGUACAAGUUAUAAUUGGAAGUGAUUUGAAAGGAUUGAAAAAGAUGGUUGAAAAUUUACAUUAA